AUGUACACGCUCUCUCUCCUCAGCCGGGGACAUGGGAAGUUGGUCCAGAACAAACAGAAGUUGGAAGUCUAUCUUGAACCAGAGGAUUACUUGAACUGGAAGUCCCCAGAAGAUUAUGUCCUGGUCAGCAAACCCCACAAUGAGAACAAUGCCAGCCAGGACUCCUGGAGCCUCUUUCUUCCUAAAACUUUCAGCACUAGAAAAGGUGCCCUAAUCCUCUACUCAGAAGGUUUAGCCAUAUCAGCACGGACACCAGAAGAGAGAAGAAAAGGCACCUGCCACCCCAAAGGCCACAGGAAGAGGCUGGGUCACAAACUGCAUACACUUAAAGACCUCAAAGAAGCCAUCUUGGCAUAUGGAAGGAACAAGAGGGAGCAGAACAGAGCCUGGCAACCAUACCUCCACUUCCAAAGCCAGCCGAAGAGCAAGGCCCAACGGCAGAUCCAGCCUGGGUAUUCAGCCAAGAGAUACCUCCGAGGUCUCUUGCGGAAAUGGCCCCCUGACACCAUGUACAGGCUCCAGUGUGCAGGAUACAUCAAGGAUUCUGUGCUGCUCCAGGACAGUCAACUUAAUGUACCGAAGAAUCUCAGGCCACAACAGGAUCUUUCAGGUGUACCCCCAAAAUACCACUUCCUGCCUGUCUUCCCUCCAUUUUGGACUCAACAAGGAAAAUCUUUUGAACAAGGUCAACAGGGCCUGGAUGAAGGGGAAGCUGGGGCUGGUGGACAUGUGGACGAGAGAUCUAUAGCCAAGAACCACAGCAGUCAAAGGGCUCACUUGCCACCACUCAGGAAGCAACUGUGGCAGGAAGAUGAAACCUGGGCAGAGGACACGUCAAUGGAGAAUCACCAUCGUAUACAUGCUUCAAAGGAAAGCCACAAUGAAAAGACUCAGCAAACCUCUGGGAGGGCCUUCAGCCAUGCCCACAUUGAUCAUUCUUGGCUCCUGAGUGACAAAUCCCACAUUACAUUCUAUGGAGGUGCCUUCCCCAGUAGGAAAGCAGAUCUCAGUGACAAACAGGGAAGUGUGAAGCUCCUCAAGGGCAGAAGCAGUCACUUGUUACAGGAGCCUCCUGCAGAAAGAUGCUUUCUCCCUCCAGCACCAUCUGCCACUGGCUCAGACAAAAACACACCUGGGGAAGUGAAGAAGAAAAAGGCACCAAAGGCUUUGAAAUUACCUCCCAUCUCAGAAGAACCACCCAGAGUGCUGGGCCCCCUGAGGAGUCAAUUUAAAGCCAAGGAACCCCCAACAGAGCUCUUCAUCUUCCCAGUGGAGAUUCAUUUCCACACCCAACACCCCCCAAAAGAAAAAGCCCGCAGAAGAGGUACUCCAUGCCCUGAGUCAGGACCAGAAACAGAAGAGGCCAGGCCUUUAUGGAGACCUCCUCUGAAGCAUGCGUCCUUAGAAAGACCUAGGGUGUUAACAGUGCAUCUCCCAAUGGACAUGGGCAGGGACACACUCUCACCUCAAGAUGAUGAGGCCCCACCCCAGAAUGGGGUCCCACCACUGGGUCUUCUGCCCCCGAUUAAAGGAAGAAGAGAGUCAGAGAGCCAGAGGGACCUGGACAGCCCCAGGACAUCAGGCCCCUGCAGCCUCACAGGUCCCACGAAUGUGAGACAGCUCGGGAGGGGGCUCCCAGCAGGACAAGAAGAUUCCAGAGACUCCACACUGGGACACUGCUUCCUGGGUCCAGAUGGAGAAAAAGCCUGCCUGUCCCUCCUGGGGACUACCCAAACGGAAAAUCUUCUGCGUGUUGAAGCUUAUGAAUCUGUCAGUUCAAAUGUAAGCCAUGAAAAGAAAGGGUCUAGUAUUCAAUACCUUCUAAAAAGGAAGUCCCCCUCCAAAAGAAACACUGAAUCUAGGACCAAUCUUCACAUGAAUCUUUAUGAAACCUCAUCUUUAACCCCAAAGCCAGAUAAGCAGGGAUCCCAGCAGUCCUUGGAGGCAGCAGCUCAGAAGACAGGAGAGCCUCAAAGUUGUAUAAAUAAAGGGCCGAUAUGUUCAAACAGAAAAGAAUUUUACCCGCGCAAGCUGCACAUCAACAUGACGCCGUUCCUGAAGGAAAGUAGAGAUGAGCUGGACCAUCAUGAACAACCAGGAGGACCCCUCGGAGAAAAUCAUCAAGACAGCCAAGACCCAGAGCCAAGGAGUAUGACCCUUGGCCCUCUCAGCACUUCCCCACCUGAGCACAUCGAGGCCCCUGAGCCACACUCUGUCCAAAAAGUGGGCACUUUGAAAAGAGACAAUGAAGUACAUCAUCUGCACAGAGGACUUCCAGGGCAUGGACCUGGGUCAGAAGAGAGGUUAGAUGCCGUGGAUACAUCUCGUCUUCCAGGAGAAAGAGAAGGGAAGGCUGAAACAAGACUGUUCAACCAGCAGACACCAGCCAGCAUCAGUAAUGAGAGGGAAUUCACUGACAAAUCCAAGAGAAAGAAAAGAACCAAAACAGAAGAAUCCAAGGCACCCAAAUGGGAGAGAGAAGGAAAGAUUCAUGGUGGAGCAGAGGCUGCUAUUGGAAAGUCAAAGGAACCAAAGGCUGAAAAGAAGUCAGAGCUAAUCCCCAAAGAAAAAAAACCAGGAGCCAGAAGGAAAAAGAAGGGAAAGGAAAGGAAUCUGGAGAUAGCAGAGCUGAGUGGGCCUGAUGUCAUUAACUCUGAGGAAACAGAAGCCACCUCAGAUAGAGGUUUCUUUUUUUCAAGCUCCAUUGUGGAGGACUCUUGGCUUUCUCCCAAGUAUGAUGCUCAGGAGAGCCAAGUUUCUAUAGAUGGAAGAUCAUCGCCCACCCAGACUGUAACUGUCACUGGAAACUUGGAAUCUGAAGAAGAGAGAAACCAUGAUGACCCUUGCCGGGCCCUCCUCGCCAAGAGAGAGCAGGAGAAAGCUUCCCGGGACAGGCUGCGAGCAGAGAAGGCCGAGAUGAGAAGGUUGGAGGUGGAGAGGAAGAGGAGGGAGCAGGAGGAGCAGAGGAGGCUCCAGCAGGAGGAGCUGGAGAGGGCAGAGAAGAUGAAGGAGGAGCUGGAGCUGGAGCAGCAGAGACACGCAGAGGAGAUCCGCUUGAGGAAACAGAGGCUUGAAGAAGAACGGCAGCGGCAGGAGGAGGAGAGAAAGCAGCGGCUGCAGUUGCAGGCGGCCCAGGAGAGAACCCAGCAGCGGCAGGAGUUCCGGAGGAAACUACAAGAGCUGCAGAGGAAAAGGCAGCAGGAGGAGGCCGAGAGGGCUGAGGCAGAGAAGCAAAGGCAGAAGGAGUUGGAAAUGCAGUUAGCAGAAGAACAAAAACGCCUGAUGGAAAUGGCUGAAGAAGAGCGGUUAGAGUACGAGCGGCGGAAACGGGAAGCAGAAGAGAAGACUCUGGAGGCAGAGGAGAAGAGGCAAAAGGAACAGGAAGCAGCAAGGCUGGCCCUGGAGGAAACCAUGAAGCAAGCCCAGGAACUAGCCAGGCAAAAAGCUGCUUUGGAGAAACAUCUUCAUUUCCAUGAAGAGCUCCAAAAGGAAGCCAGCGGCCUGCAGUGGACACACAACAUUUCCAGACCAUGGGUCUACUCCUAUUUCCAGUUUCUACAAAUACCCAGGCCUUAA